CGUCCUUGUUGCCAUAGUGAUGGCAAUACUCUACAAAACGGGCAUUCUGGCUUGCUCCGCACCUGACACAGGCGAGGAGGACAAGAUACUUUUCGAACUGAGGAAAAUGGAGCAGGAUCUAGCACAGAGCCUACAGCCGGGCUGGCUGGGACGUUGGGAGAAGAAGAUCAAACAUCUUACUCCUGGUCCACUGAUAGGAGAAGGAAUGUUUGGACUAGUCAGAAAAGGAAAACUGCGCACAUUUGAGGGAGAGCUCGCCGUUGCCGCCAAGACAGUUCGCGUCGAGGACUCACAGUCCUACCGAGACUUCUACAGAGAAGCAGCCAUUUUGGUAGCUGUGCACCAACAACGAGAUGGCGAUUAUCGUGAGUCCAACAUUGUUCGACUUGUGGGGCUCAUCACCAAGUCUGCCGAAAAGUACAUUCUUCUGGAAUAUGCCCCCAAAGGUGACCUCUUGGGUUUCCUACGACGAAUAAAAAACCACAAUAAGGAUGGUCUACUCGGAAACCUUCUUGGAUACGCAGUCCACAUAGCACGAGCUCUACAAGAGCUGGAACGCUUGAGAAUCGCCCAUCGUGACGUGGCCGCUCGCAACGUCCUCAUCACUGCUGAUGCCGUGGCCAAGUUGGCUGACUUUGGAUUGGCUAGAGAUGUCUACGCCACUACUCAGUAUGUCCGAUGCAACCGUCCAGGCAUUGACGAACUCCUUCCGUUGAAGUGGAUGGCGCUGGAGUCCAUCGAGACCGGCGAGUACACCUGUCAGAGUGACGUCUGGUCCUUCGGCGUGCUGCUGUGGGAGAUCGCCACGCUGGGGAAAGAUCCGUACUACGAUGGCAGGAUGCAGCUGAGCUUUCUACAGAUGGUGGGGAUUCUGAGGCAAGGAAUACGGUUGGAGAAACCACCGGGAUGUCCAGAGGACCUGUACCGACUGAUGAGGUCGUGUUGGCGCGACGUUCCAGAUACCAGACCGACUCCAGAAGAGAUAGAAGAGAGGCUGCUGCAACUGAGACGUGCACUGCUGCCACAUGACGUCAUUGAAAUGGAGACUGUGGUGUAGUUUUUAUCGCUCUGGAAUCUUGUAAAUUAAUAAAAUACAGCUUUUGUUUGCCAUUCUUAAGAGGACAGUAACAUUUUUGUAGAGUCUUCCUUAUUUCGAUAUUUCAUUCACUGACUGUUGUUUUGAGGCGAUUACUAAGUUUGAAUUGAGAGCUGUACAGUAUCUUGCUUGCUUUGCAGUGUACCAAUUCCAACAGUAACAUUGUGUUGUGUUGUGAUGUUGUGAUGGCUUGAGUGUUAAGAUGUACAUGCUACAAGCUUACUUAGACAAUGAUAAGCAUUCAAAAAUGUGGAGGGUACUAGUGAUGCUUUGCAACAUGAUUUCCCAAUUAGAAUUAUAUAUAACUUAACACAUCAUUCCUUCUUCCGUAAUAUGUUUAAAGUCAAUUUGCAGUUUGAAUCCAGUGUUGUGUCUAUAUUUCACUGAUGUUGUAAUUAA